AUGGCACCAGAAUCGACAGAAGUGAAGAACCACCAAACCGACAGUAUGGCACGAACAUUGCGCAGGUGGUGCGUUGGAAGACGCCACCGAAAGGUGGCUCAACUCGGGUUCGGAUUGAUGAUUGUGCUCAAUUGCAUCGUGACGGUCGUCGUUGCGCAACGUGACACGAUCUGUCCACCCCAGGACAUUAUCCUGCCGUGCAGGUGUUCACAACGUGGCAGUGAGAUACAGAUAUGGUGCUCCCAUAGCGAUCUACCACGGGUGCUGAUGGGAUUGAAAGCGGUCUCGAAGUCCAUCAUCCGUCCGAUCGAUGAGCUAAUCCUGGAGAACAACUUUCUGCCGUCACUGCCGGGUCGUACAUUCGCUCCGCUUAACAUCCUUCGGUUGAUGCUACGCCACAACGGGCUUGAGCGGUUGUCAAACGGAUGGUUGAACGAUCUCGACAAAAGCCUGGUGGAGAUCUUCAUCGUCGAGCGCAACCUGCGCAGCAUCCCUGUGGACAGUUUGACCGGAUUGCGCAAGCUGGAAGCCGUCACGAUCCAGAGCGAGAAUCUAAAGCGGUUGCCUGACUUCUCUGGCCUACCAAAGCUGCGGUACGUGAGUGCUCAAAGUGGUUCGCUGAUCGAGCUGGCACCUCAGUACUUCCGCGAGUUGGUCAGUCUCGAGACGGUACACGUGACGGGCAGUGGCAACCUGAACCGACUCGAAGGGGGUCUGUUCAACGAUCUUCCCAAGCUGCAGCUGAUCAACCUCUCCGAGAACGGCAUCAGCUGGGUGCAUUUGCGUGCGUUCGUUGGUUUGCCAGCGCUUAAGACGCUACAACUCUCAGGCAACAAAAUCACGGAUGCCGGAAUGGUUGGACGGGCAGUAAAGGACAUCCACGGAUUGCAGGUGUUGCGUUUGGACCGGAACAUGAUCUCGAAGCUGACCGAGGGCAGUUUCGUGGAUCUACCAUCGUUGAAAGAGUUGCACUUGAACGACAACGGCAUCACGGAGAUUUUCCACGGAGCGUUCCAUCGAACGCCCAACCUAAAGCUGGUACAUCUGGAGAACAACUAUCUGCGGCGUGUUCACCCGGAAUCGUUCCUUCAGGCAUCUGGAAGCGGUGUUGAAAUGGUACACCUGCAGCGAAACGAGAUUGGUCGUGUGGAGGAACUCCGAUCGUUGCUGGAUGCAUUGCCGAUGUUGCGUUUUCUGGACUUGAGCCACAAUAAGCUUGAAGCGAUACCGUUCGGGGCAUUGCGUGGUCAUGGGACGCUCGAGCAGCUGUACCUUAACCAGAACCGCAUUCGCAUGAUCGAACGGGACGCGUUUAUGGCGAUGCCAGGGUUGCGCGAACUGCGCCUCCAAAACAACUCACUGCACGAUCAGCUACCGAUGCCGUUCUGGAACCUGCCCGGGCUUAAGGGAAUCGAUAUCUCGUACAACGGCUUCCGGCGUAUGGAUCCAAGUUUGCUCGUUGGUGUACCGUCCUUGCGACGGUUGGACAUUAGCGGAAACACGCUGUCGGUGAUCGAUGCUGGUGCAUUCACCCACACGCCCAUGCUGGAGACGGUCAACAUCUCAAACAACGAGCUGACCGUCAUUCAUCCGGCCACGUUUCGUGACCUAAACCACAUGUUUGAGCUGGACGCGGGUACCAAUCGGCUGCAGGAGUUCAUCCCUGGGUUGCCGGUGGCGGUUGAGCGUAUCAACCUGCACGCAAACAGGAUCACGCAGCUACCACCACCGACAACCGCUAGCCAGCUGUGGGACCUACCGAACCUGCGGAUGCUUGAUAUCAGCGAUAAUACGCUUACGCGACUGCCAAGGGCCGUUUUCAAGCCUACACCACAGCUACGUGUCCUCAGUUUAGCGCGAAAUCAGCUGCAGUCCGUGGACGAUGGCAGUCUGGCGGGACUCGGUCGGCUCGAGAUCCUGAAUCUGCAGGACAACCGUGUGCUGGCGCUGCACGAGCGAUGUUUCGGGCCGUUGGAGAACCUGCGUGAGCUUAACCUGCAGGGUAACCGGAUCGAGGUGCUGGUGGACAAUCUGCUGGACAGCAACGCGCUGCUGGAGCAGUUCGACGCGUCACGCAACAGCAUCGUGGAGAUUUCACCGAAAGCAUUCCGCAACAGCCGCUCGCUGCAAACGCUCGAUCUGUCGGCGAAUCAACUGCGCGAGUUGCCGGAGUCGUUGUCUGGGCUGGCAGAGCUUCGUGAGCUUGAUGUUAGCUUCAAUCAGCUGACGGAGCUGUCCCCGAGCGUGUUGGUGGCGUGGCGCAAUCUCGAGGAGCUGAAGGUUUCCAACAAUAAGGUGAACCACCUGGAUCAGGGCUCGCUGCGGAACUUGCCGCUGCUGCAAUACCUGGAUCUGUCAAGCAACGAGCUGACACUACUGGAGCACGGUUCGUUGCGAAACCUGCCGGAGCUGCAGGAGCUUGUGCUGGCCGACAAUAAGCUGACGGAGCUGAAGGAUCGCGUGUUUGAGGAUCUACCCAGUUUGCAGGCCGUUCAUCUGCAGCAGAACAACCUGCGGUACAUCUCGCCGUACAGCUUCUACCGAUCGCCGUCGAUCGUGUACCUCAAUCUGUCGGCCAACGAGUUCCGCAGCCUCGACAGUGUCGGUUUGCGCAGUGUGCGCAAUCUCGAGGUGCUCGAUCUGACCGGAAAUGGUAUUCGCAAGAUUACGCCGAACCCGCUGCGUGGCCUGGACUGGCUGGUGGAGUUGAAGUUGGAUAACAACCAGAUCUGUGGUAUCCAAGGGGAACCGUUUUCUUCGAUGCCGCGCUUGCGUGUCCUUAGCCUGCGCAAUAACCGGAUGUCGCGCGUACCGGAGCCCAUCUUCCGGAGCUUGCGCACCAACAUCGCCAUCCUGGAUGUGGACGGUAACCCGCUGGAUUGCAGUUGUGAAAUGCUUUGGUACAUGGCGUGGUUGCAGGAAAGUCGCAGCCUUUAUCCUGGUCCACGUUGCCGCGAUGGGAAAAUGCUGAUGGAUAUGCGGUUGUCUCGCACGGAUUGUCAGACCGGCGCAAGGACAGCACCAGGAUCGCAUGGUGAGCAUCCGCUGACGAACGAUCACGGAGAUGUGUUUGUGCGCGCGCUCGACUACGACGAGUGUGGUGGGUUAGAGAACUACGAAGUGCCGCCAGGAUCACCGGCCCAACCGUUCCAUCCGGGGUCGCCAACACCCGGCGAUAGUGACUACUUCUACGACCAGUACGUGGACUAUCCGAACGCGCUGAACGACAGUCGGUUGGUGAACGGCCAGCGACCAAAUGGGACUUCAUUCGCCGAUGAUGCGUCGCAGGAUCGACGGAAUUACACCGCCAACUUUGUCGACUUUAACAACAACAAGUUCAACCAGUUCCAGCGUCCGCCGGGUGUUGCGGUUCCACCGGGAGGCCCGGAUUCUGGGUCUCCGUUCACGUUCUUCGGGCUGCCUAUUCCGAGCCUGAACAUCGGGAAAAUGUUCGGUGGGGCUGGCCGGAAUGCCAACAACCGGGCGUCGGGGACCACAAGGGGAAAAGGACGCGUGCAAAUAUACAAACAGGGUGAACCGGAACAGAGCGUUAUCUACCGAACGGAUGGCACCAAAACGGAUGCCACGGUUACGUUGAAAACACCUGCGGAUGCAUUGGAUAAAAACGCCGGUGCCACGAACGAGAACAAUCUCUUCUAUCGGCCGUAUUUCCAGACGUCCUUCCGUCAGCCCGCACCACAACAACCGGUUGGGUCCCCGGUUGAGGUGCAGAAGGGUGGAUUCACCCCCAUGCUUCCAGGUGUAGUGGGAGGGUUUACACCGAUCACCGACCCUACGCUGAAGGUGAUCAACCAGAACUAUACGCACGAACCGGGCAAAUGGCCGACGGAGUUCAAUGAAAGGGUACCACUGGUGACGGAACCGACACGUUAUCUGCAGCAGAAUAAGUUCGAGGCCACCAUCAAGCCGUCGCACAAUAGCGCGCCGUACUUUGUCGAUGGAAUAACGCACCACAUCCCGGAGCGACAAGAACGUCCAGUGGCGCCAUCGAACGUCGAAUCUGGCCGCGUUCCUCCCCGAGCGGACGUGAGUGAUAAGGUGGGUGUGGGAGCAAACAAUGGAACUACUGGUGUGGUGAUGCCUCCACACUCCGAGAUGGAUGACGACGAUGAGGAUGAAGAGUCCUUCGACGAGGAAGACGAACCUGCCGAAGGCGAAGACAUCGACGACGUUAACGGAGCCCCGGAAAUGGCCAAACCCCAAAGGAUCGAGAACGAGCUCACCACGCGGUUGUCGAUUGAACUGGCUACACCCACGCUGGGAUCGACGGGUGUGUCUGUCGCAGGAUUUAACAAAGCCUUCACCACACCGAGCCCCACGAUCCGCGAUCUUGCAAGGACUCCCGGCCGGGAGUUCUACGACAGCUCGAGCAACACGCCGUCAUCGAUAUCGGCGCUUAUCGCACCCGGAUCAACGCAGCAUCGGUCACCGCCGGGUAAAUCGACCAUCGAGAAAGUGCCUGCCCCGGUGUCCUCCACGGUCACGCCGUACUUCCCCAACACGACACCCGGGCAGGCGCAGCGGGUUGUGCCGAAAAUCGAAACCGACGGUGUGGAGCGGCAUUUCGGUUCACCGAACAUCAUCGAUCUGUCGCCUUCGAGCCAUCACCAUCCGGAGAUCGAUGGGGUGAACGAGAUCCGGAAGCGCGAGGAUAUGGAUUGGUACUUCGCUAACUACAACCACACGCAGCACUACGAUUUCGACGAGCUCGAGAUUAACAGCUUCCGGAGCGCGGGCACAGCCGUCGUGGUGGAAGCGAGAACUGCCAUCAUUUCGCUGGUGACGAUCCAUGUGGCCGUGCGAAUGCUGCGGAUAGUAUUUUAG